UCUGUCUUUCGCGUUCUCGAACAUCAAGUGGUAUCCCAUAUCCACCGCCAACAUGCAAAGAUCACAAGAUCCCCUCUCCCAAAGAGCCCUCUUCGUAAAGAACCUCAAUUUCCAAAUCACCGGCCCAGACCUGUACGACCUCUUUGGCAAAUACGGUCCCAUCCGCCAGAUCCGGCUCGGCACAGACGGCAAAGAGCUCAAGACGAAGGGUACGGCGUAUGUGGUGUAUGAGUCGCCGGACGAUGCCAAGGAGGCUAUCACGGCGCUGAAUGGGUUCCAUUUGAUGGAGAGGUAUAUCGUUGUGCUCUAUCACCAACCGUCAAAACAACAGGCUACAGCACUCGCCAAGGCAGAGCUGCACGCGAGAGAAGUCGCCCUGGCGCAGGAGAAGCAGCGGCUGGGUAUGAAGGACGAAGAAUGAUAGAAACGGAUACUCUAGGGGGCAUUGGGGAUAAGCGGUGUGGGCAUAAGCGGUGAAGCCAGGGACAGCAGUGUAUAAUCACUUUUUGUAUGUAUCAUCUUACCGCAUUGAUCCUUUGACUUUGCAGCGUUCUGAGGACU